CGUUGUCCGGGACUAUGUUUGGUGGUUCUUUUGCAGUGAAUACCUCCGACCUCUUGCCUAGUUUAGCUGAUAAUGUCUUGGGUACAACAAUAGGAGCAGGGAUGGACAGUUUCACGGAUCCAGCGAUUACCUCAGUUCUCCCCAUCUACAGCAUCCAACCUCAGUGCAAUGCAAACUCUACAUGGCCACUCUCAUUAGGAAAAAACCCAAAAAAAUAUAUACCAGAGGUGAAGUGUGUUCAAGGUUUCUGCCUUUGGAGAAAUACAUCUGCAGAGGUCAAUGAGGAGAUUUUCAAGGGUAGUUGGAGGGGAAAUCCUGAGCGGAUGACAAAUGAGAUUGCUGCAGCGUAUGAUCUCUUGAGUACGGAUGGAAAAAACUUGGAUGUGAACAUCUGGUAUAAUGCGACAUAUUACAGUGACGGUCCUCAAAACAAACCUUUGGUCCGAGUUCCUCGCUUGAUCAGUCUGGUAUCAAGUGCUUAUUUAAAGUUUCUGAAAGGCCCUGGGACAAAGAUACUAUUCGAGUUUGUCAAAGAAGUUCCUAAGCACUCUACUAAAAGCAAUCCAGAUGUUGCAUCCUUGUUUGGUCCGCUGUUCUUCACUUGGGUUGUUCUUCUUCUGUUCCCUGUGAUUGUGACAUCAUUGGUGUAUGAGAAACAACAACGUCUAAGAAUUAUAAUGAAAAUGCAUGGCCUAGGUGAUGGUCCAUAUUGGUUGAUUUCAUAUGCCUAUUUUCUCACCAUAUCCGUGUUGUACAUUCUUUCUUUGGUGAGCUUUGGGUCAGUGAUAGGACUCAACUACUUCCGGCUCAAUUCAUAUAGCGUCCAGUUCGUUUUCUACUUUAUCUACUUAAAUCUGCAAAUCGCCAUUGCCUUUCUAGUCUCUUCAUUGUUCUCAAAGGUUAAGACUGUUACAGUUGUUGCUUACAUUAUGGUGUUUGGAACUGGGCUCUUGGGAAACUUUCUCUUCGCACAGCUACUUGAAUCUCCCUCAUUCCCCGAGAAAUGGAUUAUGGUCUUGGAGUUGUUUCCUGGAUUUUCAUUAUUCAGAGGGUUGUAUGAGUUUGCACAAGCUGCCUUCCAUGGAAACGGGAUGAAAUGGGGGGACCUCAACGAAAGUGGAAUGGAUAAAGUUUUCUACAUCAUGUUAGUGGAAUGGUUUGUGACUCUCACUCUGGCCUACUUUGCCGAUCAGGUUCUUGCGUCAGGGAAAAGCCCUUGCUUUUUCAUCAAGAAAACUACUACUUCCCUACCAGACCCUAGUGCACAGAGUCAAAGCUCUGACAACGUCCUCAUUGACAUGGAAAAAGCAGAUGUCACUCAUGAGAGGGAGAAAGUGGAGCUAGUGAGGAUAGAAGGGAGCACAGGGCACGCGAUUGUAUGUGACAACCUGAAGAAGGUGUAUCAAGGUAGAGAUGGUAACCCUCCAAAAAUAGCAGUAAGAGGGAUGUAUCUCGACGUGCCUUCAGGGGAAUGUUUUGGCAUGCUUGGACCUAAUGGUGCUGGCAAAACCUCUUUCAUCAAUAUGAUGACUGGCCUCUUGAAACCGACAUCUGGAACUGCGUUGGUUCAAGGUUGGGACAUAUGCAAGGAUAUGAACAAAGUCUACACUAGCAUGGGCAUAUGCCCACAGCACGACUUGCUUUGGGAGACACUAACAGGAAGAGAACAUCUUCUCUUUUACGGGAGACUCAAGAACAUCAAGGGCCGUGCUUUAAAGCAAGCUGUGGAAGAGUCUCUCAAAAGCGUCAGCCUCUUCGAUGGAGGAGUUGCUGACAAACCUGCUGGAAAAUACAGCGGAGGUAUGAAACGACGACUUAGUGUGGCCAUUUCGCUUAUUGGGAACCCAAAGGUGGUGUACAUGGAUGAGCCUAGCACUGGACUUGAUCCAGCCUCAAGAAAAAACUUAUGGACCGUGAUCGAGCGUGCAAAACAAAACACGGCCAUAAUCCUCACAACUCAUUCAAUGGAAGAAGCAGAGGUUCUCUGCGACAGAUUAGGGAUUUUUGUUGACGGAGGCUUGCAGUGCAUAGGAAACCCUAAAGAGCUAAAGGGAAGGUACGGUGGAUCGUAUGUCUUCACGAUGACGACCUCAUCAGAACACGAGGAGGUAGUAGAGAGAAUGGUUCAACGCAUUUCACCAAACGCCAAGAAAGUGUAUCAUCUCUCAGGAACGCAGAAGUUCGAGAUCCCUAAGCAAGAAGUCAUGAUUUCGGAUCUGUUUUUAAUGGUGGAGAGUGCCAAAAGCAAGUUCACAGUUUUCGCUUGGGGGCUCGCCGACACAACUCUCGAAGACGUCUUCUUCAAGGUUGCUACGAGUGCUCAAGCUUCCUUGUCUUAAUCUUCGUAUGAUCCAACCCCUAUUUAAGCGGGUCUCAAAUUAGGGCUUUUUAUUAUCGAAUCCGAUGUCUUGUGGAACACGUUAGUUCUUAAAAGUCAUAAACUCUGGUUUGAUUUUAAUAACAUUGUGAAAAAAAGAA